UUCGGACAUGGAAUCUCCGUCUCUCUUGCUUCAAGUUACUUCAAGUCCAAAGUACUGAUAUCGGCGACGCUCCAACUGCACAGUUCCAGCACACCGCAGCAAUCACCAGCCUAUUCCCGUACCUCCGCAGCACGUCCCAUAGCCCCGAGUUCAUCUCCGCACUGGAAGGCUUAUCAAACUAAGGCACAGCCUAGCGAAGCGUGAGAAAUCGCAACUGCUCUGAAGCGCAUUCCCGAGGAUUGUGGACUUAUGGAGUCCGGAGAGUAACCCAAUUUGACACAGGUUGGGUGGAUUAGGCGUCGGUCAGAUGGUGAGCUGCGGAACGGGGUGUGCUUGGAGGGACGCGUACUUCGACGUCAAAGGUCGGCAAAUACCUCCUACUUAGUAGGCGGUGAGCAGGAUAUAUAACCCAACUGUUCCUUCCAGCGAUGGACACCAACCACCGGAGACAUCUCACUGUCCAACUCACUGUCCAAGUCCAAACCCACUCCCAGUAGAAAGGAAGAUGAUCGUCAACCCUACCUCUACCCCCGAUACCCUCGCACGCUCCUUCUCCCAGCGCACCGAGCCGCCGGCGUACGAGUCCCUCCCGCGAACCGGAGACCUGCCGACUGUGCAGGAGAAGCCGCUCGGGAACGAGGAGACGACGGUGGUCUUGCGUGCGGAACCGCAGUUCAAUGGGGACGAGAAGCAGAAGUUGCAGAUCCCGUCUGAGGAUCCGGCUGAAUCUGCUGUUCCCCGCCAGCCCGUUCCACAGGUUGCGGAAAACACUCCAACUCGCUUCUUCGACCGUUUGAAACAGCAUCACGCUGCCCGUCGUGCGGCAUGCGAGGCCAAGCAUGCCGCUUGUGAAGAGAGGUGUCGCGCACGUAGAGAGGCCAGAGAGGCGAAGAAGAGGGGUUGUGGGGGCCGUUGUGAGAAGGGGAAAGGGAGAGAGGAGAUGACUGGCAGGCGUGGGUGUUGUACGUAACCAGCUGGUCGAUUCCAUGUACUAUAUCAGGCUUGAAGUUUAUUUGCCC